GUCACUUAGUUUCCAUUCCAUAAGGUCACAUGAUGGCGAGAGUAGUCAGCACGAUCAGUAGCUUGUACAACUUGGUCCUGCUGCUUCGCGGCCUACUGCUUCUGCAUUGCAUCUCCACUCAAGUGCUUGCGCAAGAAGUUCACAACCAUCAGUUCAUUGUGCAGGCAACGCCAGUGAAGAGGCUGUGCAUUACCCAUGAGGUAGUAACGGUGAAUGGGCAGUAUCCAGGACCCAUGCUGGAAGUCAGGAACGGCGACACCCUCAUCAUCACCGCCAUUAACAAGUCCAAGUAUAAUGUCACCCUCCACUGGCAUGGAAUCCACCAACUGCGGACAGCGUGGGCAGACGGGCCUCAAUUCGUAACGCAGUGUCCGAUCAAGCCAGAAGGCAGGUACACGUACAAGUUCACUAUACAUGGCCAGGAGGGCACGCUGUGGUGGCAUGCCCACAGCUCCUGGCUCAGGGCGUCCGUGUUUGGAGCACUGAUCAUCCGCCCCAAAGCCGGAUCUCCAUACCCAUUCAGGCUUCCGGACAAAGAAUUCCCCGUUCUGUUAGGAGAAUGGUGGAACAGGGACCCGAUAGACGUAGUUAACCAAGCAUCCUUGACCGGAGCAGCUCCAAACAUCUCAGAUGCCUUCACUAUAAAUGGGCAACCCGGGGACCUGUACCCUUGUUCAAGUUCAGAAACAAGUGUGAUUCCCAUAAAGAAAGGAAAAACCUACCUGCUGCGCAUCAUAAACGCUGCCAUGAACACAGAGCUCUUCGUGAGCAUUGCAUCACACACCAUGGAAGUCGUCGCCAUCGAUGCUGCUUACACCAAGCCAGUCCGGGCGAGCGUGAUCAUGAUAGCACCCGGCCAGACCACCGACGUGCUUGUCCUGGCCGACCAACCCCCCGGCCGAUACUACAUCGCAGCUCGGGCGUAUGCCAGCGCUCAAGGCGUAGCAUUCGACAACACCACCACCACGGCCAUCUUGGAGUAUGAAGCCAUCCCGAAAACCGAGCAUGUGCAGGCAGUGAUGCCGGUCUUGCCCGCUUACAACGACACCAACACAGCCACCGCGUUUGCUUCGAAACUCCGAAGCCUCAACUCCGCCGACCACCUGUCCGCAGUCCCCCUGCACGUCGACGAAAACCUCUUCUUCACCGUCGGCCUUGGGCUUUUCAACUGCAACUCUGGCAGCUCGUGCGGAGGGCCAAACAACACCAGGUUCACGGCCAGCAUGAACAAUAUCUCCUUCACUGUUCCUACAAGGGCAUCCAUCCUUGAGGCCCACGUCAAAGGAAUUCAAGGAGUUUUCACGAGGGACUUUCCGGCGAUGCCGCCUGUCGUGUUUGAUUACACGGCUAUGAAUGUGAGCAGGAGUCUUUGGCAGCCGAUUCCGGGAACGAAGGUGUAUCCCAUCAAGUUCGGGUCCGUGGUGCAGAUUGUGUUUCAGGACACGAACAUAUUCGCGGCUGAGAACCAUCCCAUGCAUAUUCAUGGCUACCAGUUCUACGUGCUGGCAGAAGGAUUCGGAAAUUUCAAUGCGGCUACUGACACGGCGAAGUUUAAUUUGGUAGACCCGCCCCUCCGCAACACCGUCGCAGUACCUGUCAAUGGCUGGUCCGUCAUCCGUUUCCUAGCGAAUAACCCUGGAACUUGGUACAUGCACUGUCAUUUGGAUGUUCACAUUACCUGGGGAUUGGCUACUGUCUUGCUGGUCGAGAAUGGAGUGGAAGAACUGGAGUCCUUAGAGCCUAUUCCGGAGGACUACCCUCUUUGCGUUGACUAGAAGCUUCAGUACUCUUUGUGCACUCCUGUACACCUCAUCUUUUUUCCAUUGAAUGGACCGGUGCAUACAUCCGUUAUAGUUUCCGUAGCCAAUCCAUCUUGGUUUCCAACAGGAGGAAUUUCCUUCCUUUUAGUUGUACUUUUCUGCAUGUACUCACCAAUAUGUAUUAUUGUUACACUUUAUAAAUGG